UCGUGUUACCUAUCGACACACGUCCUGUUCCAUAACUGAGCGCGAUUGCGCAGUGCGUUUUCUUAUGCAGAUCAGGUGUGCGGUAUAUUUUCGUUAAUAAAAACCGCGUGGUGCUACGUAAAUACGCUGUUUAUUUUAAUAAUGAUCGAUUUUAUUUAUGCAAAAAGAAGUUCAAAUAAAAUGAUUUCAUUCAGAAAAAUAUCAUCAUUCACCACGUAUCAAUAAAAAAUACUUUGUUUGGAUAUGGUGAAUAACUAUCAUACUUUGAAGAAAUAUUUUUAAAAAGAAAGUGAUUUUUAAUCCAAAUGAAUUCGAAAAAUAGCAAUGAAAUGCAUUCCGGCUCUUUCGAAGCGAACUAUGUUUACGUAUUUCAUAUUAUUGUUUCUAUUAUAUUUAUUUUAUGUUUUGAAUACUUGUUUAGUUGACGAAAGAAAGUUUUCAUUCAAGUAUUUCUCGCUAAAAAGUCAAGUUUCUAAAUACAAAAGUGUGACGAGGCGUUUCGCCGCACUCUUAGGUUACAGCUUUGAUGGCAACAAAUACAUGAGGAUCGAAAAAUCGAACCAGGUACCAACAAAGAGACUGCCAGAUGCCUUGAUUAUAGGGGUUAAAAAAUGUGGAACGCGUGCGCUUUUAGAGUUUUUAAGAUUACAUCCAGAUGUGAGAGCAGCUGGAUCUGAAGUACAUUUCUUUGAUAAAUAUUAUCAUAAAGGCUUCGAAUGGUACAGAGAGAAAAUGCCACCCACAUCGGAAGGUCAGAUCACAAUGGAAAAGACACCUUCGUAUUGGGUAACCAGGUCAGCACCCAGACGUGUUUAUUCCAUGAACCCUUCAGUUAAAUUGAUAGCAGUUGUUCGUGAUCCUGUAACAAGAGCUGUAAGCGAUUAUACACAAUCUGCCAGCAAAAGAUCAAGUCUUCCACGUUUCGAAGAUCUCGCUCUGGUGAACAGCACGGUAACUUGGGGUGGACCUUGGUCAGUGGUUGACUCCUCUUGGCCUCCAGUGAGAUUAGGCAUUUAUGCUAGACCCUUAAGGCGCUGGUUAAGAAGGUUUCCACGAUCUAGGAUCCUUUUCAUCAGCGGAGAGAGAUUGGUUGUAGAUCCAGCGGCUGAAAUGGCAAGAGUUCAGAAGUUCCUCGGUCUUAAGGUAUUGAUAACCAAUAAACAUUUCUACUUUAAUUCAACGAAAGGGUUCCCGUGUCUCCUUAAAUCAGAGAGUCAAUCCACGCCUCAUUGCCUUGGAAAAAAUAAGGGACGGAGUCACCCGUAUAUUGACCCUGUGGCUAUAGAAAGACUGAGAGAAUUUUACAGGCCAUAUAAUGAGAAGUUUUACGAAUUAUCUGGUAUAAAUUUUGGUUGGCCAUAAUAAUUAGGCAAAUUUUGGACAGAUAUUAAAGCCCGACGAAAAUUAAACUAUAUAAAGACCAUGAAUAUUCAUAUGGUCAUAGCUGCAGAAGAGCGAAUUGUAUGUGAUAGUUUUAUGCCAAUAUUAAUAGAAAUUUAGACUGAAGCAUGCCAUUUUUAGAAAUUAUAAAAGAAUAUAC